UUUUCUUCAAUUGUGCUUUUGCCAGCGAGAGGGGGAAUAUCUGCCUGAUAUUAUUUUGUUCCAAAAAGGGGGGCAAAAAAAAAGGGGGGCUCGGGCGGAGGUGGAAACCCAAAAGGGCGGCAGCGGCAGGAAGACAAGGUGCGUUGCAUUGGUGCAUUGAGGACGGCAACUUUUCACAGGCACGUCAGUGCAAAGUCUCCCUCUGCUUCCUUCCCCCCCCCCCCCCUUCCCUUUGCAUUGACUUUGUAUCCUGCUCUUUGUGAAGGGUCGGCGCCGCUUCAACAAACUUCAAGUUCCUAGGAUCGAUCGCAAGGAAGGAAGAUGGCUCGUACCAAGCAAACUGCCCGCAAAUCCACUGGCGGUAAAGCGCCAAGGAAGCAGCUGGCAACCAAAGCGGCACGGAAAAGUGCCCCAUCCACCGGCGGCGUGAAGAAGCCUCACCGUUACCGCCCAGGUACUGUGGCCCUCCGAGAAAUCAGACGCUAUCAGAAGUCCACCGAGCUUCUGAUUCGCAAGCUUCCCUUCCAGCGUCUCGUCCGUGAAAUCGCUCAGGACUUCAAGACCGACCUGCGCUUCCAAAGUGCUGCCAUUGGCGCUUUACAGGAAGCAAGUGAAGCCUACCUGGUGGGGCUGUUCGAAGACACCAACCUCUGUGCUAUACAUGCCAAGCGUGUGACGAUCAUGCCAAAGGAUAUUCAGCUUGCUCGUCGCAUCCGCGGGGAGCGCGCUUAAACUCCCCCUUGUUGUUGGGGGAGGGGUGGGGGAAGGCAUUGAGGAGAGACCUGCCAUUUAACUUUCCCUGUUUUUUAAAAAAAAAUCACAACUUUCAACCACCCUCAAAAUAUCUUGAAAGAGUAACUUAAAUUGGUCUAUUCUUCCUGUCUGGUAGUAGUCGGUGGCUGCUUAUUUUAUUCUUUGGAGGGGUGGGGUGGGAAAGGGGGUAAGAGUGCAAGCAUUGGAAAGGAGGAGAGUGUGGGAUGAAGGGUUGUGGAGGGGUGUGCAGGGUAAAGGGGGGGAGGAAAGAGGUUGAGACGUGGGGAGAAGUGUGUGCUGAACAUUAAUCAAUGGUGGGGGGGGGGGACGUGGGUGGGAGCAGUUUCUGUGAUUCUAGAGAUUAAAUGCGCUGGGGAGCAGAUGCUGGAAUCUUGAAUAAGCACCUGGUGGACAUUCUAGUUUAAGCGUAGGGUGAUUUUUAUUUCUCUGGUGUGGAAGGAUGAAAUUAAAGUGGAUUUAUGAAUUUUGAUUUUUUUCUCCCCUCCCCAGCAGCGCAGCUUUAAGAAUACUUUAAAACAAUGAUUUUUGAACAGCGCCAGCAUUUUUUUUAUAUAUAGGACAAACAAAUUUCUUAUCAGAUCUGAAAUAUAAAAUUUAAUAUUUUUCAUAAAGUAGAUCCCAUUGUUUGCUUUACUUUUUAUAAGAGAUGUUUUUUGGUGUAUUUAGUAACUGUUUUUAAAUAUUUGUGUGUACUGUCCUGUUUCCAGUAAGGUUUUCCUAUUAAAGUAUUUGAAAGAG